AGGAAUGAAAUCUGAAAGCUGAGAGAAGAAGCCUUUUUUCGUUAACAUGGAGAACAAAAGGCAGCGAGCCAGAGUGCAGGGAGCCUGGGCUGGCCCUGCUAAGAGGAAGCCCAUUGCUCAGACUGCUCCCACUGCUCAGAGUCAUUUCCACCAGAGGCCCAGUCAGACCUGGAGGAGCCAGGAGCAGCAUCUGUCUGAGAGAGAGUUCGUGUUCAAAGAACCCCAGCAGGUAGUGCGCAGAGCCCCAGAGCCACGAGUGAUCGACAGAGAGGGUGUUUAUGAAAUCAGCCUGUCACCCACAGGUGUAUCUAGGGUAUGUUUAUAUCCUGGCUUUGUGGACUUAAAAGAAGCAGACUGGAUCUCGGAGCAGCUUUGUCGAGAUGUUCCCUGGAAGCAGAGGACUGGCAUCCGAGAUGAUGUAACUUACCAGCAGCCAAGACUCACAGCAUGGUACGGAGAGCUUCCUUAUACUUAUUCCAGAGUCACUAUGGAACCAAAUCCUCACUGGCAUCCAGUGCUGAGCGCCCUGAAGAGCCGCAUCGAAGAGAACACUGGCCACACCUUCAACUCCUUACUCUGCAAUCUUUAUCGAAAUGAGAAGGACAGCGUGGACUGGCACAGCGAUGACGAACCCUCACUCGGGAGGUGCCCCGUCAUUGCUUCGCUCAGCUUUGGGGCCACUCGCACUUUUGAAAUGAGAAAGAAGCCCCCUCCAGAAGACAAUGGAGACUACACGUAUGUGGAGAGAGUGAAGAUCCCUUUGGAUCAUGGGACCUUGUUAAUCAUGGAAGGGGCCACCCAAGCUGACUGGCAGCAUCGAGUUCCCAAAGAGUACCACUCACGAGGGCCAAGAGUAAACCUGACCUUCCGGACGGUUUAUCCAGACCCCAGGAGGGCGCCCUGGUGAGGUGAGACCCCAGAGAGA